UAAACAGGAUUUCACUUAUAAAAAAAAUCGAAACUUUAUUUUUUCAAAUUGUAAAAAUUCCAGCCAGUUACGUCAAUAGUACCACUCCUCUUCAAAACGGGCAGUUCGUAACGGAACUGUUACAUUACCCAGUUAAAUUUGUAACCUGAUUUUAUCUCGUCUCCCGUCCAACUGACAGCCCUGAGUACUUUCGACUUUUCAAGUUAUCAAGUUACGUUUCUUGUACUUAUCCGGGACUUUAAAAUAAAACCCAUACAGGAAAAUCAAAUUCCGUAUUAGAAAAAAAAGACAAAAAAAUCUUGACAUGAAUCUGGUGUAGUAAUUUUGUCAUAAAAAUCCAAAAUGACAACCAAAAGUAGCAAGGGUGUUCGCCUGGAGACUGACAUUGAAAAAUGUCGGGAAGAAUCCAACUGGAAAAAAGUCAUCGAACUUUCAGACCAAUUAAAAUCGAAACACAGUAGUCAAGGUCCACUUUGUAACUUUCUUAUGGGAGAAGGUAAACUUGAAAUGUUUCUUGAAGAGUGCCCACCGCUUGAGUGCAAUGUAAACAAGGCAAAAGUUGGACUCUGUCCGGCGAAAAAAUGCUUACUUAUAGCAGCUGGCGAUCUAGGUGUAAAAGCUGGAGUCGCAUUGGACGCACAUCUUCUUUUGGGAAAACUGCAUUAUGCUACUGGGCAGUACGAAGACUCGUUGAAACACUACAUGGAGGCUGAUCUUCAGUCAUUAACAGAAAAAUCACUCCCAAGCAGAAGUUUAAGAAUUGUAGCUGAGUCUUAUGCAGUUAAAGGCCUAUGCCUUGAAAAGGUCCCUCCAUCUUCAACGUCCAAAUAUAAACAUGUUGAAUGGGAAGAGCAGAUGGUCAAAAGUUUUGAAUUAGCAAGUGAUUUGACUCUUCUUUAUCUUCAAGAGCAGGAUAAAAUCCAACAACAAAGUGUUAACACCGGCACUGGCACAGGAUCACAUUCACCACAGCCUGUGAGUCCAAGUUACCAUAUGGGCCCUAUAUUAGAAACAGCUCUCCAACGAGCUCCGCUCUUGCACAUUCUAGGUGGUCGCCUCAGUGCUGCAGUUUCGAGAUACAGGGGUAUGUUGUCAGCAGUUGAAUCCAGUGGUACGCACAGUUUAAGGUUGACUUUAGCGAGACAGUUAGCCGAGGUCUUAUUACGAGGGUUCACAGGAGCAAAAUACCACCCUCCUAAUAAUGGAGGGUCAAUCAACAAAAAAAUUGCUAGCUCAAGCCCUUGGAAACCUCGGGUGUACUCUGAGCCAAAUAUGUUUACACCAAAGAGCGAGUAUGAAGAAAUAAUUCUGCUUCUUCUCAUCAGUGAUGCAAUGGCAGGAAGAGAAGCUGUGUUGAGUCAGUCGCCUGAAUUUAAGGAAGCUCGAAUAAGAGCUUUAACAAAUGCGACUGCUGUUUAUGAUCUGCUGACUAUUGUUCUUGUUAGAUGGGGGCAAGUUGACUUGUUGCAUGAGUCUUUAGAGCGAGCAUUGAAGUUUUCAUAUGAAGAAACUCAUAUUUGGCUGCAAAGGGCUCUGUGCUUGGAAAGUUUAGGACAGUACAUACAAGGUUUCGCUGUGGCCAAAGAAGUUGCUCGUAUGCUGCCUAAUAAAGUUACUCCGUGCCUCUUAGCUGCUAAAAUAUGCUACCAACACUUAAACAAUACGACUGAAGGUAUGGAAUGGAGUGAGACAGCACUACAAAGGGAGUUAAAAAAUCCACAAGGGCUGACAUGUCGAUGUUACCUUUACUUAGGAAUAGGAGCACAUUAUGCUGCAAUAGUUACCCAUUUGAAAGAAAACAAGCAACGCCUUCACAACUUAGCCAUGGAUUCUUUCAUCAAAGCACAACAACUCGACCCAAAUGAUCAUCUCAUCGAGUAUUACAUUGGGUUGAGCCAUGCGAGCAAAGGUCAAGUUUCCGAAGCUGUGAAUCAUGUGAAGUUAGCUUUGAAAUUGUGUCCUGAACAUGCUCCAUCAUUGCAUUUAAUGGUCCUUCUGCUAACAGCGCAAAAACAGUACUCCGAAGCUUACAGUUUUUUGCAAUCAGCGCUAUUGGAUUUUCCAGACAGUCUCGAUUUGCAUUACGUCAAAGCCUAUAUUGAAUUGCAUACUUUAGGUGGAGAUGUCGCUCUAUCAACUGCGAAAAAUAUGCUUAUUUUAUGGAAGUUCCAAUAUGAGGAUCAAACGCUCAUAGAACAGGCUGACAAUAAAAGUGUAUUCCAAUUAUACACAUCUGAAAUGUCUGAUAAAGAUUCAAGCUCCCUUCAUGCUCAUUCAGUCGCUGCUUCAAGAGUUGAACAGGCUCUAUCUGAAGUGGCGUCAUCUUUGUCAACAUUCACCCCUAAGCCAGGACCGCAGCGAGCUUGGCUCCUUCAGUUACAGAUAUGGCUUUUGCUCGCUGAACUUUAUCUUUCUAUGGAACAAAUUGCCUCUGCUGCUUCCUGCAUACAGGAAGCCACCAGUAUUUAUCCUCUCUCACACCACAUCAUGUACAUUAGGGGACUUGUACAUGAACAGAAACACGAGUUUGCAGAAGCGAGGCAGUGUUUUCACAAUGCGGUUUCAAUAAAUCCUUCCCAUAUUAAAAGUUUGCAACAUUUAAGGUGAGCCUGCAGUCCACUAAUAAUUCCAGCUUGUAUAAUAAAUUACUGCCUCAAGAAUCACCCAUCCUAGUGUUGGCAGUACGGGUCAGACCUUGGUCUUGCCCAUCCACUCACCGAGGUUGGGCUUCAGGGGCUAUCAACAGCUAGAUCAUUUCUGCAAGCAGUCUCCAAAUCCAAAUGUAUUAAUUCACACUCACUCACUCCUAAAUUCAACCUUUCCUAUUUAAUGCCAUUCACUCAGUUAGGGUGGUGGAGUACUUGAUACUUCUCUGUUACCUUCUACAAAUAUAACCAAUCACACUACAUAUUGACUCUAAUAAAUACAUUCAGUCUCAAUAUACAUAAAGCAACACAAGAUGGGAUGUAUAUGAAGUACUAUAUACAGAAAAACAGUCCUGUUUUGACUAGCAAAUUAAUAGAAAUGGUGAAAUUCCGUCCUGUUUCAUCUAAAACCCGGAACAGGGGACCCAAGGAAUGGCACCCUUCACUAAUCGACACAUCGAGCAACUUUUCUCCUCAUGCCGGACACAUGUGCAUGUUUUGACCCAAAAGUAAGUGUCUAUGGGUCAGCCGUAUGGGCAAGGAUGAUCAUGACGAUUUGAUCCUAACAACAGUGCUCUUGAUAAUUGAUUCUCUGCCACUUUUUUAAAUCUUGUUUUUAAUGCAUUUUUAGCGUCAGAGGGCUGGAUCACUGUGGUAAAAUCCAUAGGUUGGGACAUCUCGACCUUAACCUCCUCGCCCACCUUUUUGUUACUCUAUACUAUUUUAUUAAUUAGUUACUCUUUAGUGCCAACAUGUAAUAGAUGUAAUGUAAAUGCUCAAUAUCUUGAUUUAAAUAAUUUAAAAAAAGAGUAGUAUUUUCUCUAGAAAAUCUCUAUAAUAAUAUAACUAUAAGAAGAAACCAGGGAUUGUUAAAUUAUUCAGAUAGCUAAUUGUGGCCACAGUUCCAACCAAUUGCAACCAUGGUUGGAAACUGCAUGCUGCAUACUUUUUACUAUCAAAAACUUAUUGUUAGCUAUGGCAUUUGGUUUGGCGGCUAAUUGUUUCCAUUGAUGACUUUUUGGACAGCCAAUGUCUGUUUUGCCCAACUCAUCAUUAAAAAGUAGCUGGCCUCACACUUCUAUCAGGUUAGCAUUUCGUGAGCGAGCUGCACACAAUUGUCUGAAAUAUUUGUUGGAUCCAGCAAUCUGACAAUUGGCCGUUUCUGCCUGGAAUUUAACUCCCAGCUAUCCAAAUACUACCAACUGUUGAAAAUUUGAAACAGUCAUAAGGUAGCUAGGGCUUACUAGUAUAUUAUUUUUACUGUCUAAAAUAAUUUUUGGAUCCAGCACUUAAACAGCUUGCCACACCUUUCAACUGCCUGAAAUAUUUUUAGAUCUAAUAGAUAAACAACUAAGUAUACAUUUAUGAUCUGAAAUGAUAGUUGAAUACAACUACUGGCUGAGUACUUCUGACUGUGUGAAGCAAUUGCCAGAUUCUUACAGGUACAUUUUGAGAUUCAGCAUCCAAUUGGACUGCUACGUAGUUUAUGUCAUUGUGAUUUGACUGCAUAUUCAAUUUCUUUCAUGUUCUUCACUUACUAUUAUUUUAAUUUGGCUUAGUUGUAUUAGUUUCUAACAUUAAAGUUCUUAUUUUAUUUUCUU